AGGAUAUAGGGUUUCAUGGAAAGACCGUGAGUGUAAAGAUUGGAGGGGUGCAUGCAUUGGGUGAUAAUCGGUGAAAAGAUAGUGAGUAAGUAUUCCUGUUUCAAAGGAGGACACUGCUAUUGUUAAAGGAAAAUGGGACCUGCUUUGGUCACGAUUGACUUGGAUGAUUAUGAUGAUGUGAGAGAGAUUCCGAAACCGAAAGGUCCUAAUUCUGAGGAUUAUAGGUUAGAAAGACGAUGGAAGAGAUUUGAACAUUCAAGUUCAAAUAAACGAUUGAAGCAAAAUCACAGUGACAGUGGUACAAGAACUGUGAAGAGUCAUGGAAAAGUGGCAAGUUUAACAGUAAAAGAGGGUCAUAUGUCACAUAUGUCAGAGGAUGAAGUGGAUGAAGAUUACAAAUUCUUUUUGCUAACAUAUGAUCCUCAUAUUGAUGUUGUCUGUGAUGGUGGUGUUGAUGGUUCUGAUGAUGACAUCAACAUUGGACACAACAGUGACCAUAAUGAUCAUCUUUAUAGGGAAGAAGAAAGCUUGAAUAAUAAUCCCAAGUUAGAUAAGGGUUCAAAACAAAGGGGUGAGACUGAAAAUGAAAGAAAUAAAAGGAGUGGUUCAGUAGGAAAACAAACAAGUGGCUCAAUGAAAGCUAAGAAGAAUUUGGAGGCUAAAAAAGGACUUAGUAAGAAAAUGCCACGGGAAGAUGUUUCUGGUGUCCCCAAGAACAAUGGCCAGACUAAUAUGGAGUCAGUUGUUGCAGAUGAAGAUUACCAGAUAUUCCUGAAUUCUUGUAGGGAUGAUUAUAUACCUAGUGAAUUAAUAGGAAAGCGAUCAAGUGUUAUGCAAAAUUCACAAGUUCUUGAUUAUGCACCGAGUGAGGUUGAUGAAGAUUACUUACAAUAUUUGAAUUCUGUUCUGAUUGUUGAUGGUGAGGUGGAGUUUAUGUCUGAGAGGAAUACCUCAAAGACGGACAACGUGGAUGGUGACACUGACAGUAAUUCCUCUGAACCAGAUGUUAUUCUUCUAGAACCUGAUCAAAUUCAUGAAAACACUCCAUUUGUUUCUUCCAGAACAUUCGAUUCAUCUUGGUUCGAGACUGAAAAGAACCCCAAAGGCAACUGGCAAUUAUCUGCUUGCGAUAAUUCUCAGUUUAGGAGAAGACUUAUGAAUGAUCUUCAAAGGCCAUAUGACCAAGAAGAAUAUGAUAGACUUCUGUGUGAAGUACGUCAGAAAAAGCAAAAGGAACGUCAUAGAGAAACACGUCAUGGGGUGGUCAAGUCUUAUCCCACAAGGGGUUUCCACAAAUCAUAUCUCGACUUGUACCCUGAUCUAGCUAAAGCAAUUGCUGAAUUCAAAAAACCGGAAAGGGUUUUGUUUCUCGUGCGUGGAUUUGUUUUCUGGUUGCAAAAUGUGACCCACGAAGGAAUAUUUCGGCCUUGGCUUGACAAGCAUUGUCUGGACAUUUUACGAAGAAUGUAAAGAUGGAAUCUUGCCAUCUCUAAGAUUUGGAAGCAAGAUUUUAACUAACACAGUCAACAAAGUUUACAUAUGUACAGUUUAAAUCUAUCUUUGAACUUUGACCUAAUUGGAGAAAGAAAGAUUGCUAGAGUUGUGGUUCUCAUUAGGAGUUCUUUCAUUUCUGUUAUACCGUGGUUCUCUUUUGGUCCACUUUUUUAUUGCACCAUUUAGAAUAUGGUGAUAAUUGAGGGGGCUUAGGUGGUUAGCAUAUGCAGAAAAACAAUAUUAUAUGCUUCUUAAGGUAGUUGUUGAGGAUUCAUGCUUAAGUACCCUUAUUAUAGUGUUAAAUUUCAUGACUCUAUACGGUAUUAAAUUUCAGCCAGUUUGCAAUGGUUUCCCUUAAAUAUCUUUAGUUUAUUAUAGUGUUAUUAGUUAGUCAGUGGCUCAGUGCAGUAGCUUGCCACUUUCUCUAAUGUAUUUGGCCAGAGAUAUUUUUUCCUAUUUUAACUGUGCACUUUCAUUAUCUCUC